CAGGAGGACGAAGCGAAGGAGACUGUCGUAAAGUGGGAUGUUUUGGAGCGGGGAGGUCAUUGGAAAGUGAGGUUGUUCGUUACGUUUUGGGGGGAACAGACCGCCACUUCUAGCACAGGUGUCAGAUAUUCUGAUACCAGAGUGGCCUUACUCAAAUCCAGCGUAGUUUUACAGGGGUCAUCACGUUCAAAAUGUUGCGUUUAGCUCUGCAAGUGCGUCCAUCUGCCAGGCUCACCCGGCCCAGUGUCCUGUCGGGCCCUGCUGCUGCUGCUGCCAGUCCACGAUCCGGACCGCUAUCAUGCCAUCAUCUCAAGCGAUACCACUCCAGCGGCCCGGCCCGGAUCCGGACCUUGUGUCACGGUCGGCGUGUGUUCAACAGCAUCCUCAGUAACAGAUCAUGGGUCUUGCGAAGCCAGACGGCUAGUUUCAGUCAAAGCAUGCGAGUGUACAGUUUGCCACCACAUCAGAAGGUGGAACUCCCCGCUUUAUCCCCCACUAUGCAGAUGGGCACUAUUGCACGCUGGGAGAAGAAAGAAGGUGACAAAAUCAAUGAGGGAGAUUUGAUUGCUGAGGUUGAAACGGACAAGGCUACGGUUGGAUUUGAAAUGCUGGAGGAGUGCUACCUUGCUAAGAUUUUGGUCCCUCAGGGUACGAGAGAUGUGCCCAUUGGAGCUGUCAUUUGUAUUACAGUUGACAAUCCUGACCUCAUCCCUGCAUUUAAGGACCUUACAUUGGAUAAAAUUGCUAGCUCCGGCCCUGCAUCUGCAGCUGCCCCUCCCCCUCCAGCAGCGCCUGCUGCUGCUCCUGCUUCGCCACAAGUCCCUGGAAGCUCCUACCCACCUCACUUGAAGAUUCUUCUCCCAGCUCUCUCCCCCACCAUGACUAUGGGCACCGUGCAGCGCUGGGAGAAGAAGGUGGGUGAGAAACUCGGUGAGGGAGAUCUGCUGGCUGAAAUCGAGACCGAUAAGGCAACAAUCGGUUUUGAGGUACAGGAGGAAGGUUACCUGGCUAAGAUAAUGAUUGCUGAGGGCACCAGGGAUGUUCCCCUCGGCACUCCUCUCUGCAUCAUUGUGGAAAAAGAAUCCGACAUUAGUGCGUUUGCUGACUAUGUAGAGACAGGGGUGGCUACAAGCCCGCCUCCCGCUCCCACACCGAUGGCCACCCCACCGCCAGCACCAGCAGCUCCCACCCCAGCACCUGCCGCUACUCCAGCCGCCCCUGCUGCUCCUAGGAAGGGUAGGGUGUUUUCCAGUCCUCUAGCCAGGAAACUGGCUGCCGAGAAGGGAAUUGACAUCGCCCAAGUCACAGGAACUGGACCAGACGGCAGAGUCACCAGGAAAGAUAUCGACAGUUUCGUUCCACCUAAGCCCACUCCUACACCAGCUGCUGCUCCUACCCCUGCUGUACCCACCCCCAGCCCUCCAGCUGCCCCUGCUUUUGCUGCUGUACCUACAGGAACCUUCACUGACAUCCCCAUCAGCAACGUCCGCAGAGUAAUUGCCCAGAGGUUGAUGCAGUCGAAGCAGACUAUUCCUCACUAUUAUUUGUCUGUCGAUGUCAACAUGGACCAAGUUCUUGAACUCAGGAAAGAACUCAAUGCUGAGGUGAAAACGGAUAACAUCAAACUCUCGGUCAAUGACUUCAUCAUCAAGGCCUCGGCUCUGGCCUGUUUAAAGGUGCCAGAGGCCAACUCCUCCUGGAUGGACACAGUCAUCAGACAAAAUCACGUGGUGGAUGUUAGUGUCGCAGUCAGUACGCCUGUGGGUCUAAUCACUCCCAUUGUAUUUAAUGCUCAUAUUAAGGGACUUGCGACUAUCAGCAAAGACAUAGCCACAUUAGCUGCUAAAGCACGAGAGGGAAAACUACAACCACACGAAUUCCAGGGUGGCACCUUCACUAUUUCCAAUCUGGGCAUGUAUGGCAUCAAGCAUUUCUCAGCUAUCAUUAACCCUCCUCAAGCCUGCAUUCUGGCUGUGGGUGGCUCAGAAAAGAGACUGCUGCCUGCAGACAAUGAAAAAGGGUUUGAUGUGGCAAGCAUGAUGUCUGUGACUCUGAGCUGUGAUCACCGGGUGGUAGAUGGUGCUGUUGGCGCACAGUGGCUGGCUGAGUUCCGCAAGUUCCUGGAGAAACCGUUCACCAUGCUCCUGUGAGCAGGAAGUUUAAAGGGUCCUGGCCCCUAAAAAAAACAAAAAAACAGUGGACUUUAAGAUUUGGAGAGGUCUCUCUCUCAUUGGUUAAAUGCUUUCCCUGGGAAUUAUAACAGGUGGUUCUCUCUCCUCUUUUUUUUGUUUUUUUUUUUGUUUAUUUUACUUCUCACUCACAUACUCCCUUUCAUAUACUGUAUUUUUCAACAUUGCUUCCUAAAGCCUGAAGUAACCUCUCAACCCAAAGUCGUAAGUCAUUGUUAAGGUCAUUUUCUGUAGUUUCAGAAGAUAAUGCUGGAUAAUGCAAGGGUUUUCAUCUUCCUUCAGGAUAUUGUUACAAGCACCGUAAGUCUGUGUUUGCCAUUAGAUCAAAGAAUAAUGCCUGUGUCCAUGGCCAAGUCUCAUGGUCUGUACCUGCAAGCUUUGACUUGCUUCCAUGUAUCAAUGACACAUUCAUUGGCACAAUAUGAGUAUCCUUUCUAUUCAAGAAAAAAUGUGAUGAGAUCUGGAGAUGUGUGUGCCAAAUAUUGUCUGACUACUAUUGAAAUUUAUUUAUGACACAUUAUUCAGUGCAUAGGUUUAUUUUCUGUAUUGCUGCAUAGUAGUCAUACAUUUGGACUGUCACUCCCUGAGUUAAAUAUCUGGCGUAUUCAUGAUGGUUGUUCCACUGAGACUGUGUGAUGAUCCUUCACAGCGUCUUGGUAUGUGGGCAGUGUUUUGAUAUAGGCAAUUUUAUUUAUUACAUCUCUCACUCCAGACAAAGCACGUUAGUGCCUUUGCUCUUGUUUAUAGCACCUUGCUAUUUCUUUUAAAAUGGUGGUUAUAUUUUCAAGUCAUUCUUUAAUGAAUAACGCACAAUUCAUGGGGUGAACUGCUGUUAUAAAUAAACCUAUGGAGAAACAAAAGAAAGGUUCCCAAAUGGAAUAAAACACUAGAACGGA